AUGGCUUCAGUAGGUUUCUAUGAAGCAUUAAUAGCUUUCUUCUUUUUUCUCACCUUCUAUUUCUUCUACCCUUGGAAUUGGCCGGUUCUCGGUAUGCUUCCCGGUUUGCUGGUGAGGCUCCACCGUAUAUAUGACUACAGCGUCGAUGUUCUCGGGAACUCCAACUUGACUUUCCAGUUCAAGGGUCCAUGGUUCACUGGAAUGGAUAUAUUGGUCACAGUUGAUCCAGCUAAUAUCAACUAUAUACUGAGCUCAAAAUUUUCAAACUACAUCAAAGGUCCUGAGUUCCAAGAAAUAUUUGAAGCUUAUGGAGACGGGAUCAUCAACUCAGACUCAGAGCUAUGGAGGAACCUGAGGAAGUCCUCUCAGGUCAUAUUCAGCCAUCAAAAGUACCAAAACUUCUCAACGAAUGAGGAGAUGGUUGUGGACUUGCAAGACGUGUUCCAGAGAUUCAUGUUCGACACAACCUUCAUUUUCAUCACCGGGUCUGACCCUAGAAGUCUCUCCACUGAAAUGCCUGAGGUUGAGUUUGCUAAAGCUCUCGAUGAUGUCGGAGAAGCGAUUUUGCAUAGGCAUAUUACACCAAGAUUCUUGUGGAAGCUGCAAAAAUGGAUUGGAUUCGGAACAGAGAAGAAGAUGAGGAAAGCUAAUGCCGUUCUUGAUCGUGUUUGUGCAAAAUAUAUAUCAGCCAAGAGAGAAGAGAUAAGAUCACAAGGGACUACUCGCAGUGCCGAUGAAGAAAGUGAGGAGGAUCUUUUGACGUCCCACAUAAAGCUAGAUACAAGCAAGUACGAGCUCUUGAAUCCUGAAUAUGAUAAGUUCCUCAGAGACUUCGCAGUAGGUUUCAUGGCAGCUGGGAGAGACUCAACGGCUUGUACACUCACUUGGUUCUUCUGGACUCUGUCUGAAAACCCUAACGUGUUGACCAAGAUCCUCCAAGAAAUCAAAGAAAAUCUACCACUAACCAGGAGUGACCAAGACAAGAACAAGCUGGUGUAUUUGCAUGCAGCAAUAAAUGAAUCAAUGAGGCUAUACCCACCAAUUCCUUUCGAACGCAAGUCACCAAUCAAACCAGAUGUACUUCCAAGCGGGCACAAAGUCAAAUCGAAUAUAAAUAUUAUGAUCUUUCUAUACGCUAUGGGAAGAAUGAAAGCCGUGUGGGGAGAAGACGCGACGGAGUUCAAGCCAGAGAGAUGGAAUUCAGAGACGGGAGGGUUGAGACAUGAGCCUUCUUACAAGUUCAUGUCGUUCAAUGCCGGUCCAAGAACAUGUCUAGGUAAGAAUUUAGCAAUGGAUCUGAUAAAGACAGUGAUCGUGGAAAUAUUACAAAGGUAUGAGAUUAGUGUCGUCCAUGGACAAAAGAUUGAGCCAAAACCUGGUCUUAUUCUUCACAUGAAGCAUGGGCUUAAAGUCACGGUUGCUAAGAAAUAUUCUAUACGUACCUUGGAGUGAAAUGCUCAAGUAGCUAAAAAAAACUCGUAGCUAACGUAUGAUUUCUGAAAUGUUAUUUUCCUUCCUAACGAUUUAUAAAGAGAAAUUGCCAAAAAUACAAUUUUCAUAGUACCACUUUUCAUGUUUACACUAACCACUUUUACCACUACUUUUAAUGAAGGGUUUAGAUUUGAAGGUUUAGGAUUUAGGGUUUAGAAUUGAUGUUUUAGAGUUUAAGGUAUAUAGUUUAGGGUUUAGAGUUGAGGAUUUAGGGUUUAGAGUUGAGGAUUUAGGGUUUAUAGUUUAGACUUUAGGGUUUAGGGUUUAGGAUAUUGAAUUCAGGGUAUAUAGUUUAGGGUUUAGGGUUUAGAGUUGAAGAUUUUGGGUUUAGGGUUUAGAAUUAGAGGUUUAGGAUUUAGAAUUUGAGAUUAGAAUUUUGAAAAGCAUAUAAAAACAAAGAUAUAAGAGUUUUUACCUUUUCAAUAAAUAAGGUAUUUUUGAAAAUGUGUCUUUAGUGGUGUUAAAGAUGAAUAAUGGUACCUUGAAAGUGGUAUUUUUGGAAAUUCCCCUAACGAUCGUUAUUUAUUGGAGAGUCACACGCUGUUUUCCAGACAUCUCUAAUUUGAAAUUGAAUAUUUUAAAAUACAUUCAAACGUAGUGAAACACUGGACUUUGUUAUGUGUAAUACCAAUCCAGUUACUUCUUCUUAUCUACCCGCUCUCAAACUUCACUAGUGGCUUCUAUCAGCUUAUUUGGUUACAUAUGCUUUCUCACCAAGAAACACAUUGGUUACGUGCAAGUCCUAAAUACAGGGUUUACGAGGAUAACGUAUUAGGUUUUGAAGUGUCAACAAAUUAGUAAGAAGCAAUGUACAUUUCGAAAUGAAAUUAUAUAUAUUCUGGAUUAUUGGUUGAGUUUUAUCUCAUUUCUUUAACUUUGUUUAUUUUUAAAUGAUCAAAUCUAAUCAAUCAUGAUUUAACUUUACUUUUUCAAAGUUAGGCCUACAUCAAAAACUCUACCAAUUUUUGCAAUCAUGAUAUACAGCUUUUUUUUAAAUAUACAACCAAAGAAAAAAAAUAUUUUUUAUGUAUAUUGAUUUAUAUUUUUUUAGACUGUAAAUUUGUAAAAAAAAAAAAGCAUCCCUAAUACUAACUAAACUAGAAAAUCAUAGAUAAAAUUAACUACUAUAUAUUUAGAUAGUAAUU